GCUCGGUGUAGCGGGACUGCGGACUACAGCUGAGGCGCUUCUCCCGGAGCCGGUCAUGAACGGACCGGCGGACGGUGAAGUGGACUACAAGAAGAAAUACCGAAAUCUGAAGCGAAAACUCAAAUUCCUCAUCUACGAACACGAGUGCUUCCAGGAGGAACUGAGGAAGGCGCAGAGGAAAUUGCUGAAGGUGUCCCGGGACAAGAGUUUCCUCCUAGACCGACUUCUCCAGUACGAGAACGUGGAUGAAGACUCUUCUGGUGAGCAAGACUCUGAUGCCACUGCAUCUUCAGACAACAGCGAGACAGAGGGGACACCCAAGUUGUCAGACACACCUGCCCCUAAGAGGAAGAGAAGCCCUCCACUGGGGGGCACUCCCUCCCCCUCCAGCCUCUCCCUGCCUCCUUCAACAGGGUUUCCCCUUCAGGCCUCGAGGGCCCCCUCCCCAUACCUGAGCUCGCUGGCUUCCCCCACCUACCCCCCAUUCCCUUCUGACUACCUGGCCCUGCAGCUGCCCGAGCCCAGCCCCCUGAGGCCCAAGCGGGAGAAACGGCCCCGCCUGCCCCGGAAACUCAAGAUGGCGGUGGGACCCCCCGACUGCCCUGUGGGAGGGCCGCUGACCUUCUCAGGCCGGGGCUCUGGGGCUGGGGUGGGGGCAGCCUUGGCCCCCCUACCCCCACCCAAGAUGCCCCCCCCUACGAUCCUGAGUGCCGUUCCUCGGCAGAUGUUCAGCGACGCGGGCAGCGGGGACGACGCCCUGGACGGGGAUGAUGACCUGGUGAUCGACAUCCCGGAGUGAGCCCCUCUGCCCGGCCCCCUGCCCAGCCCCCUCGGUGCCAGCACACGUGAGCCCCCAGCUUCCGCAGAGAAGUUUAUUGAUGCCCAGUUGCCAUGCUGCGGCCACGGACACAAUCAGAAAAGGCGUAAACAUGCACGAAUGUCCCCCAGAAGGUGGGCCCUCUCCAGGGAGGGCAGGGGCCCUGCCCUCACAUCCCAGCCCGAUCCAGAGGACAGUUAUUUAAAGGAGUGGCCAGGGCCAUCCGUCACCUCUCAGAGAGGCAGAGACCCUGCAGUGGCCCCCCGCUUAAAAGGGCAGCUGUACAGGGCUAGGUAUUUGUGUGUGUGUGUGUGUGUGUGUGUGUGUGUGUGUGUGGUGUUUUUUAAAUGAAGAUUGUGUAUUAAAGAAGUGGCUCUUU